AGUUCCAAACUUCCAAGAGGAACAACUUUGAGUCUGGGAUCCACGGCGUCGUGAAACUAUGAUUCUACGAACUGUAGAACUAAAAACUGUAUGUUUUUGCCUACCAUAGAUUAGUUAAUUUUUCCCGAAUCUUCAAUUUUUCCUUAAAGAUACAAAUGUUUAGACGUUUCAAAUUUCCAAGUGCAUAUUCUAUUCUAAUGGUUGAAUGAAAAAAAUCAAUUGGUUCAAGAUCGAAAUACUAAUUUCAGAAAAAAACUACGCGUUCUUCUUUCGGACAAAUCACAAUACCACGUGAGGUGUAAUUCAAAAUGGCGACUCCUUCGGUUACUGUGGUUGGCGAAAUAAAUCCUUUUCCUAAGUCAAACAGUGUCAAACCUCAUCAAAAUUUGAUCGAACUCAUCACGUUGGAGCAUAACUACUGUAAACCAUGGUCCGAAAGAGAAAAUUACCCCAUGCUAGGCCAGCUGUGAAUUUAUUUGCUUCACAAGUUGCACCGGUUGACGGAAUCGAAGCCGAAAAAUCGAAGAAGAAAAACUCUGAUGAUGCUAAAAAUACAAAAACUGAGCAGGAAGAGGAGAUAAUUGAUGUUGAUUCUGUCGAAGAACCUCCACCGUCUGGCCCUGGUGCCAUCAAUAUUCAAUAUGAUGUAGUGAAGUCAAAAAUUGUUAUGUCUGAAUGUGAAAAAUAUGUAAAUAGCACAUCCAGCAAGAGAACACCCGAUACUUGGGAAGAACUUAUUUGCAGGACUGGUUGGACCACACAACAAAAUGUUUUAUUUGAUAAAAUUCUUAAGAUAGUAUCUGCUUAUCGAUUGUCUUGGCUCACAUAUAAAGGGUCAAAUAAUGAGCCGAUCCUUCGUAGAAUUGCCUUGGAUAAGGCCACGAAAAAAGUGAGACAAAUUUUGAGUAGGAUUGAAUGGGAUGCUAAGCUUACAAACUGGCUACAUGGUUCAAUGUUGGAUGGUUUGAGCACACCCUUGUUGGCUUGCUACCUUGAUAUAGUUCAGACCUUGCGAUCGAAGGUUCCUACUCUUGUUGAUAAGAUACUUGCUGGUGGCGCAACUCAUCGUCGUGUUUCUGCUGGUUCUACCGAUAAUUUGGCGGCUUUAUUAAAACGUCCAUGGGAUGCCACAGUGGCCCUCUCAUCAUACCAACGACCGAGGAAAAUCCUUGGAACGCCAUUGCUGUUGAUUGUACCAAAUGGACCCACAACGAACAUCUCUGGAAAUUCCACCAAACGCUCUCGUUUCUGGCAUCAUCAUCUGUCACAUUUCGGAAAAGUCAUUCCAGUUACCAUGCAUCUUAGUAACAGUGGUAGAGGAGUUUCCAUUGGUCAAUGUCUUGAUCACAUGAUUGGUGCUGUGCAAGCUAAAGUUCUUGAGUUGAAAAAUCACUUUCCUAACCGCCCUGUGAUUCUGAUUGGCUGGGCUACUGGUGCUUUGGUUUCCUUUCAGGUUUCGUUAAGAGAAUCUGUUUGUGCUAUUGUUUGUCUUGGCUUUCCGAUGCUCACGGUCGAUGGUAUACGUGGUACUGCUGAUGAUCCGUUUCUUGAAAGCAAAAUUCCGACUUUAUUUGUCUAUGGGACGCUUUCAACGUGUUGCUCACUGACAGAUAUCGAGGAAUUCCGUUCCAAAUUGCUGGCAGAUACCAGUUUACUCGUCGUCAGUGGGGCAGACGGUCAGCUACGUUUGACAAGCGCGAAGAAGAAAAAAGAAGGCGUAACACAAUCUGUGGUAGACAGAAGAAUUAUGGACGACAUUGGAGAAUUUGUGAAUCGUGCCGUGUCAAAUAUGAAAGACGACACGCAUCCACGGCUUGACUAUUAUGAUUUCGAUGAUUUCGAAAUUCAGCGGAAGAAAUCUAAAUCUGUGUAUCGUAAACGUUCGUCAGUUGAUGGCCAGGUUUUGCCAAGCGAUCCGAAGAAACCACGUGGUCGAACAACGAAGGCCGUUAACAGUGAAGCGAAUAGCGCGAAGAAAGCAAAACCGAUGAAAAAGCCCACGGUUAAAAAGUCGUUAGCACAUGCUCCUGGAACUGAUGGUUUUGGUACUGUAACGUCAGUCCCAGCAGUCAAACCUGUAAGCAUUCCCAUUACUUCUCUUCACACAGUACAUCCUGGGGUUCUUCAAGGUGUACCUUUGACCAGUGUAUCAACCCCCGUUGUGCCAAUCAGUGGAGUGCCUGUGUCUCGAGUUAGUAUACCAGGGGUACGCAUCUCUGGACUUAGCAUUCCAGUCACUGGUGUUAAUGUACCCGUAUCCGCUGUUUUUAAGCAAGGGUCCCUUGGUGGAGGAUCUCUUGUGUUUUCUGGGGCGACUGGCGUGCCUGGAAACCCUGUGGGUACAACCUCCGGUAUUAAAAAUAUGGGAGGAAAAACUCAUUUAAAGAUUGUGGUCAACCCUACUUCUGAUGCUGGCAUACAACUCUCAGGUACUCCUGCAACGACCAUGAUAUCUGAAGCACAAGCUGUCUUGCAAUAUAAGAACGCCAUUGGAGCGUCUGUUUCUAAGAGCAAUGCCGUAUGCCUUAUCCCAACCAGUUCAAAGAGUGCAACAGGAGUUGCUACUACCACUUUAACGUCAACAUUGGUUACGUCAUCACCAACAACACGACCACCGAUGACUUCAACAGCUCUUACGUCUGCGUUGAUUGUGUCGUCCGGGUUUAUAUCUGAGCCUGCACCUGCUUCCAACUCCACCCUUUAAAUGGUUCUUCGUUGAUUUCCUCUAAAUCAAACAUUGGGUCUGAGACUGUUUCUAAGACAAUCGCUGAAAGUACGCAAGCGUUAAAGCGUCCUGCUAUAACGCUGCCAUCCAGCAUUCACCAGGUGCCAUUGUCAAGUAGCGUACUUUCGACAAGCCAGCUAAAUAUGGCAGUGCGUGUUGGUGGUAGCGAUAACAAAAGUCAGCAAACUGUAAAUAAUCCAGCCAUGAAACCAUUAGCGGCUAGUGACGCCAAGACCAGCCAAGUUACACUAAACCAAGCACGAUCAACACCAUCUCCCCAAUCUAUUGCACGUACAAUUCAAGUUGGAGUAAAACGUACCGUAACUUACAAUCCCGUUACCUCGACGAAAAAUGUCACCGUCCUUUCAAGGAAUUCUUCUCCUGAAUCAUUGAGCCAUAUUAACUUGGAGCGCUUGAGAGCCAAAUUGAAGACUAUUCAACACCUGACAGGAUUGCAAUCUGGGUCACUACAUCAAAUGAAACACGUUCAGACGCUAACUAACCCAGCGUCACAAAAUCUCCCUUCCGGCAGUAACCAGCCUGCCAUAAACUUGGUUGGACAAACUUCAUCCAGUGUUCAACACCCAUCUAAAUCUUCUACGCAUGGGAUUACCAUGACAACUUCUCAGGCAAUUGUAAAAUCUGACCAGCGGGAUAUUGUUGCGCCCUUGACUAAUGCCACGUCCAAAACAGACUUGCAACCUGUUAAAUCCUCUACCGUUGUGAUUAAUCAGCCGACUAUUGCUAGUAUAAAAUCACAGGAAAGUCGUCUGUUAUCUGCAUCUUCAGCUCAAGCUACUGCUAUGACAGUUAAUCCAACGACAACGUCUUCAUCAACGACGAAAACCAAUUCGGCGGUUUCCUUGGCACAGCGUGUUUCCAAAUCAGAAAAAAAUGCUAAUGAAUCGCCUUUAGAUACAUCUAUUUCAGUAAAAUCCUCCGCAAUGUCUGUUGUCAAGCAAGGCGUUCAAACAGUGUGUAAGCCUGCCACGCAUUUCAUUCAAGUUCCUGGGUCGACAAAAUUUAGUACAAUCAACAAAUCAAGUUCUCAAUCAUUGAGCAUGCUAAAUGUUCAAAGUAAUACAAAAAUUAUUGGUACUCAGUCAAGUGUGCCUAUAAUCCGUGCAAACAGCUUGAAAUCGCGUGCUCCAAGUGUAGCUUCUUCACAUGUCCCAAGCACUACCACCUCGGUUGUACUCACUAGAAAUUUAGAGUCUUCUGCGAAAAGUGAUCAAUCAGUUGACGACUCUUCAAAGUCUGACGAGGAAAAGCUAGCGGAGAGAAUCAACUCUAUCGUGAAAGAGGUUGUUGGAGGGCAGCAACGGACUACCCGACAGUCUGUGCGACGUCUCGUAGCCGCUGCAAAAGUAGCCGAGGCUCAACACAAGAUCAGUGAAAGUGGCGAAGAAAGUCAAGAUCAGACGACCCAGAAAUAAAGUCACCAAACAUUAAAAUUAUUGUUUAUGAGGAUUUAAAUAGAGCAUUUUGAACAUUUUAAUUAUUCGCUUCUUUUCUAUAGGGUAUUUACUAGAAAAAAGCUCUACACUAUUUCUUGCGUUGUUCCUUGGCUGUUUUGAACAGUUAAGGAAUCUUCAUUUUGUGAACCUUGCAGCAUGUAUUGCUAUAGUAUGCUUAACUUUACAAAAACUGUCUGGCAGAAAUAUCUUAAAUCUUAGCAUUUAAAGCGUUCAGUUAUAAUUAAUAUAAGACAAGACAGUUUUACGAACACAGGCUUCAUGAUACAAAGAAUAAUUUCAUUGUUAAGUUAAUCAUCAACCUACAUGCUUAUGUAAAUAGUUGAAAGUACAUUUAUGUUUAAUAUAGUCGAAAUGUUGAAAAUAUAAAAGAGUCAGUGACUUCCACGAUA